UCUCGAAGGGGCGGGGUCCCGGGGACGCUGAAAGGCGCGCACCCGGCCGCACCCACCCAGUCCCGCUCUCCCGUCCGCUCCUGCCCUGUCGUGCGCGCCGGACCCGAGCCGCUAUGCCUAAGUGCCCCAAGUGCGACAAGGAGGUGUACUUCGCUGAGCGGGUGACCUCUCUGGGGAAGGACUGGCAUCGGCCUUGCCUGAAGUGUGAGAAAUGUGGAAAGACGCUGACGUCAGGGGGCCACGCCGAGCAUGAAGGCAAGCCCUACUGCAACCACCCCUGCUACUCUGCCAUGUUCGGGCCUAAAGGCUUUGGGCGGGGCGGAGCCGAGAGUCACACUUUCAGGUCAUGAAAAGCCAUCCCCGCUGCCCACCGGGCCACACCCUUCCAGGCCGAUGGCAGGCCUCAUACCCUGGCACCCGGGGCUCCCCUGUAGACUCUCGUGCCCUCAAUAAAGCUGAACGCUCAGAA